AAAUAAAAUAAGUAACUGAAUUAUUCAUAAUGGAAGUAGAAAGAUUGUCAAUAACGGAUGCACAAAAACAAGUUCUUGUGGAUUUUUAUGAGAGAGGAAUGGUUUCAACCAAGAAAGGUUUGGCUGAAUUACAUGUUGAAUGUGCUAGUGCUUGUGGCUUGUCUGAAACCCAAGUAAAAAACUGGAUAAGUAAUUAUAAAGCUAGCAAACGAUCCUCUGGUGAACCUAGGCAAAAUGCUAGUAAAUCAGUUCUAAUUCGGAAAAGGAGUGGCUAUAAUGUUUUUGCCAAGGAACAACUUGCUGAAGGUAAAUUAAAUCUGAAGUUUUUAACAUUAAUAAAUUUAGGAGACUCCAAGAGCAAGAAACAAAAGUUCUCUGAACUUGGUGCGAAGUGGAAGGACUUGACAGAUGGUCAAAAAGAGGAAUAUAGAGGGAAAGUUCGGAGUCUGAAUGAUUCCGAUGUUGCGGAAGGAUUCACUGAUAGGCAGAGAAGUAAAAGAAUUGUUAACAAUUUAAUGAAGGAGGUUGCAGAACUUGAUAAUAUAGAUGGAGUCGAAUGCCUGGUUAUCUGUGUGGAAGGUGGCAAUAUAUAUCAUGCCUCAACAAAAUUGGGCCAAAAGUUUCUUGAAGAAUAUCCGGAUACCUGUACAAAGUUUGGAAAUGUCAUUCAAAAUGUCUCCCUUAAUAACAAGAUAGAUGUGAGCGACAAAAUGAUUAGAACAAUAUUUAACAAAAAGUAUAGUACAUUAGUUGGCAAGGCUUCACCCUUGCCGUAUUCAGCAGCAAAAUCUCUUGGACUAAAGUUUAAUGCCAAACCAUUACGGGGCACAACAAGAGCGAAGAUUGUGGGAGAGAAGAAACUCCUUUUCUUUUUCUUUGCAAUCACACAUGGAAAUAAUCAAUACUGCAAGUAA